CAGCAGGCGGCGCUAAUUCUAUAACUGAGCUUCUGUGACUGCACAAAGCGGAGAAGAAGAUCUGACCACAGCGUUGUUGAAGGUGGACAGGAGCUGCACUGUCACAGGUUACAUCAACCCUGCGCCCCCUCUCAGGAUCGUAGUGGAUCCAUCCAGCCCCUACAAGGUGAUUCCUGUGGACACGACUGGUUACAUCAAGUCACCCUGCAGCACGCUUCUGGGAUUGUUGUGGAUCCGUCUGUCCUCCAGAAAGUGAUUCCUGUAGACACUCCUGAAACAUAUGACAUCCUGGUGCAAGUUGUCUUCUGCACACAUCAGUACUUUUACCUCUGCAAACACAUCAGAUGCCAAAAAAUGGAAUAUGCUUCAGAGCUAAAAUCAGAAGAGAUUAAAUGUGAGAAUAUGGAAUCCUUAAUCAGCUCCGGUUCGCAGCCAACAUCACCUGGUACAUCUCAAACACAGACAAAUGAAAACAAUGAGAGAAUUUACCACUGCUCUGAGUGUGGAAAGAGUUUUAAAGAACAGCGUGAUCUCCAACGACACCAGUGCAUUCACAGAGGAGAGAAACCGUAUCACUGCUCAGACUGUGGGAGAAGUUUUAUUCUACAGCAUAACCUACAGAAACACCGGUGCAUUAUUAUAGAAGUCCAGCCAUAUUCCAGAGGAAAAAAUAAUCUCAAAAAUCAUCAGAACAGAGAAAAGGAGUUGUACGACUGCUCUGAGUGUGAGAAGAGUUUUACUACACACAAUAAUCUCCAAGCCCACCAGCGCAUUCACACAGGAGAGAAACCAUAUCGGUGUUCUGAAUGUGGGAAAGGUUUUACUAGACAGAGUAGUGUCCAAAUACACCGGCGCAUUCACACAGGGGAGAAGCCCUAUCACUGUUUGGAGUGUGGGAGGAGUUUUACUCGUCAAAAUAAUCUCCAAACACACCAGCGCAUUCACACAGGUGUGAAACCGUAUUACUGCUCAGAGUGUGGAAAGAGCUUUAGAGAUCCAAGUACUCUCAAGAAACACCAGCGCAUUCACACAGGAGAGAAGCCGUAUCACUGCUCAGAGUGUGGGACGAAUUUUAGUCAGCAGAUUCAUCUCCACCUACACCAGCGAAUUCACACAGGAGAGAAACCACAUUACUGCUCAGAGUGCGGGAAGAGCUACAGGCAUUCAAGUUCUUUACAGAGACACAAAUGCAUUAAGACAGAGACAGAAUCCCAUGAAAUUUGUGUGUCAAUUUAAUAAACAGUUUCAUCUGUUUAUUUAAGUUAAUGUGAAUGAUGUAAACUGUUUUUUUAUAUUUAUGUUUAAAUGAAGGCAGUUGUUAAUAUUUACAGAAAAAGGGGGAAGAAUCGUAGAUGCAGGAUGGUGUCCACUAUCCUACAGUCUCAGGAAUUUCUGUACCCUUCUACAGUAGUAAUAGACAAAGUAAAUAAUGGCAGUGGUCACCAACCCUGGUCCUGGAAAGCUACCUUGCUGCGGAGUCUGGUUCCAAACACAAUCUGCUAUGUCUGCUCCAGCUAAUUAUCUUCAGAAGUCAUGUAGUUAAAUGUAGCUUGGAACUAAACUCUGUAGGAAGGUAGAUAUCCAGGAGGAGGGCUGGUGACCUCUGGGCUAUGGAUACUUCAUGUCUUUCUGGCUCCAAAUACACUACAUGAACAAAAGCAUUGGGACACAUACACGUUACAUCUACAGGAACUUUUAUGACAUCCCAUCCUAAAUCCGUAGGCAUUAAUAUGGAGUAGCCCCCCCCCUUUGCAGCGCUAACAUGUUCCACUCUUCUGGGAUGCUUCCUACAAGAUUUUGUAAUCCGUGGGAAUUUUUGCCCAUUCACCCAGAAGAGCAUUUGUGAGGGCCUGGCUUGCAAUCUCCAUUCUACUUCAUGCCAAAGGUGUUUAAUGGGGUUGAGUUAAUGGGCUAGUCAAGUUCUCCCAAACCAAACUCACCCAGCCAGGCCUUUAUGGACCUUGCUUUGUGCACUGGGGCUCAGUCAUGCUGGAACAGAAAUGGCUCUUCCCCAAACUGUUCCCACAACGUUGGAAGAGUACAAUUGUCCAAAAUGUCUUGGUCUGCUGAAGCAUUAAGCAUUAAGGGGCCUAAGCCAACCCCUGAAAAACACCCCCAUAGCAUUAUCCCUCCUCCACCAAACUUAGCACAAUGUAGUCAGGUAAGUAACAUUUUCCCGGCAUUCGCCAAACCCAGACUCAUCCAUCCUACUGCCUCUUUCCACAUAAUUAGUUUCCACUGCUCCAGAGUCCAGUGGCGACGCUUUACACCACUCCAUCCGACGCUUGGCAUUGUGCUUGGUGAUGUAAGGCUUGCAUGCCAUGAAGCUCCCGGCGCACGGUUUUUGUGCUGAUGUUGAUGCCAGAGGAGGUUUAGAACUCUGCAGUCAUUGAGAGUUCUUUUAUGCACUAUGCAUUAUGUGCCUCAGCACUCAGCGACCCUGCUUUGUAACUUUACGUGGUCUGACACUUCAUGGCUGUGGUUCCUAAAUGCUUCCACUUUUCAAUGACACCACUCACAGUUGAUCAUGGAAUAUCUAGGAGGGAAGAAAUUUCAUGAACUGACUUGUUACAACAAUGGCAUCCUAUUACAGUACUCUACAGUAGAGCUCUUUAGAACGACCCAUUCUUUCACAAAUGUUUGUAAAGGCAGAUUGCAUGGCUAGGUGCUUGAUUUUAUACACUUGUGACAGGACUGAAUGAAACACCUGAACUCAAUGAAUAAGAGGUGUGUCCCAAUACUUUUGUCCAUAUAGUGUAUCUAAAAACAUUGUUUUAUUCUUUAUAAAGCACGGUGAUCCUGAGAUCUCACCAAACAUCUUGUGGCCUCACCGCAAGAGACAUUGGUAUCAGCAAAGUAGACCAAAAAAGUACAUACUGUCUCAGUCUAAUAUGGUUAUGAUAUCUAUAGAGAAUUUAGAAUUUGUACUUGGAGGACAGUCCAUAAUACAGCCCUGUUCCAAAUAAGCUGUGAUUUUGCUAUGCAAAAUGUAAAUACAAAUGUAGUGAUGUGCAAAUCCUUUAAACCCUAUAUAUGAAAAUAGUACAAAGCUAACAUAUAAAAUGUUGAA